CGAUCUGUAAGCAAACAGCAGGCAGUUCCCUGACUGGCUGCUCCAGCCACCCCCCACCCCUUCUCAAGUAAACUGCAAGGAAAAAAAAAAAAAAGCAGCCCACAUGACCCGGGCCGCGGCGGCAGCAGCGCUGGCUGGGCGCGGGCUGGCGGCGCCUCCCCCUCUGGGUCCGGAGCUCACACCCGCGCUCGCGCCGCCCGCCUGCCCCGCGCCCUGCGCUCCACGCCCACCCCCUGCCGCUCCGCCCACGUCCACGUUCACGCGCGCGGCCUCGCGCUCCGGUGCGGCGGCUGCUGCUGGGUCGCCGCUGCUGUCGGCUUUACACGCAGGUCAUUAACGAGGGGGCGUGCCCGAGGAGAUUUUUCCCAUAAAGCAUUUUUUCUCGCUCUCUUUUUUUUCUCUUUUGCAAAACUGACUUUUACCCCUUUCCCACUUCUCGCCAGUCGUUUCAAUCCCUCCUGGGCUGCUCGUGCUGCCGCUGCUGCUGCACUCAAGUUUAUUUUCCCGCCUGGUAAAGGUUUUGAGAUUCUGUUGGUGGUUUUCACCUCUUGUUGCUGCUGUGCCCAAGGAGGGAAAGAGGAGCAGCUGCGGGAGGAUCGGGAAGGUUUUCUGAUGUAGUCAUCGGGGAGGUGCCAUACGCUCGUGCGCUUUCUCUCUCUCUCUUUUUCCUCCUUUCGCAUUUCAAACUGAUUGAUGCAUCUCUACAAGUUGCCGGGCUUGGGGUUGGACCAGUCGGAGUCGCAGGGACACUUCUGAGAGCUCACCCAGGGCUCUUGGCACCGCGUCUGGGGGCUCAGUCUUGCUCCUGGAAGGCGAUCGGCGGCUGACAUCAGCCCAUCCAGGAGUUGGGGGGAUUCAUUUGAAAGUGAUCGUUUCCCCUCCCGCUUUCCAGCCGAACAGUUGGGUUGGCAUCGUCCUGCAGGUUUCGGCAUCCCUACUCCGCCUGGCUGGCUGGUUCGUAACCUCUGCUCUCCAUUCACUCUGGUGCACCGACUCCCGGACAAGAAAAGCACGCGCGAGAAAUCCCCGAGACUCAGCCAGCGGCCGGGGUGUCGUCUCCUGCCGUCGCCGCCGCCGUCGCAGUCCGACUCCGCCGGGGGACCUGCUGGAGGACGCGAAGAGCCAAACUUUUCUUUGAGGUCUGCGAGGCAAGACUGCUCCUAGCCCGCUUAGCUGCCGCUUAACCAGUUCCAGGACGCCGACGGCGCUGGGUUUGUGGCUCCAGAUCCCCACCCUUCUCGGCGCACCGCCCUGAAGCCGCAGCACCUACCGGACUCCUCCGAGAUUUCCAGGGGUCACCCGGUUAAAGCACAGAGGAGGCGGGGGAAGGGGGUCCUCUGACUCCCGGGACCACAGGCGGGAAGCCCCCCAUCCACACGGAGCCCUCCUCCUGCAGUUUCCUACAGGCCGCCAAAGUAACUUGGAGCGAAGCGGGGCGCACUGCGAGGGCCCUGGGCGGCGGCGGAGCCGUGCGCAGCCCGCGGCGCCGACGCUGAGCCGGGCCCGGCGGGCCAGUGUAUGUCUCCCCGAGGCCGUGGCGCGCAGCUCCCGGUGACUGUGCAGCGUGCGCCGCCGCCUGCCCCAACCCGCGCUGCCGCCGCCCGGCCCGGCGCGCACCUCCUUCUCCCGGGGUGACCGGCCUGCCGCCGCCGCCCGAGACACAGCUUGGCACCCCUUCCCCCGCCCUCGCCGCCGCCACCACCACACACACGCACGCUUCUCUCCAUCUUGUGAUUCCUUUUUUCCUCCUGAACCCUCCAGUGGGGGUGCAAGCUUGCCUUUAUUCCCCCCACUCCACCGCCUUCUUUUCUUCUCGCUCUCCUCCCCCUCCUCAGCUUGGUGUGCGCCUUUCUUUUCUCGCCCCUCUUCAUUUUUAUUUAUUCAUAUUUAUUUGGCUCCCGCUCUCUCGCGUUCUCUCUCCCCUUCACACCCUCCCUUCCUCCCUCCGGAUCCCUGCGCUCUCCCCGGAGUGGCGCGUCGGGGGCUCCGCCGCUGGCCAGGCGUGAUGUUGCACGUGGAGAUGUUGACGCUGCUGUUUCUCGUGCUCUGGAUGUGUGUGUUCAGCCAGGACCCGGGCUCCAAGGCCGUCGCCGACCGCUACGCCGUCUACUGGAACAGCAGCAACCCCAGAUUCCAGAGGGGUGACUACCACAUUGAUGUCUGUAUCAACGACUACCUGGAUGUGUUCUGCCCUCACUAUGAGGACUCUGUCCCAGAAGAUAAGACUGAGCGUUAUGUCCUCUACAUGGUGAACUUUGAUGGCUACAGUGCCUGCGACCAUACUUCCAAAGGGUUCAAGAGAUGGGAAUGUAACCGGCCUCACUCUCCAAAUGGACCACUGAAGUUCUCUGAAAAAUUCCAGCUCUUCACACCCUUUUCUCUAGGAUUUGAAUUCAGACCAGGCCGGGAAUAUUUCUACAUCUCCUCUGCAAUCCCAGAUAAUGGAAGACGGUCCUGUCUAAAGCUCAAAGUCUUUGUGCGGCCAACAAAUAGCUGUAUGAAAACUAUAGGUGUUCAUGAUCGUGUUUUCGAUGUUAACGACAAAGUAGAAAAUUCAUUAGAACCAGCAGAUGACACCGUCCAUGAGUCAGCCGAGCCAUCCCGCGGCGAGAACGCGGCGCAGACACCAAGGAUACCCAGCCGCCUUUUGGCAAUCCUGCUGUUUCUCCUGGCGAUGCUUUUGACAUUAUAGCACAGUCUCCUCCUACCACCUGUCACAGAAAACAUCAGGGUCUUGGAACACCAGAGAUCCACCUAACUGCUCAUCCUAAGAAGGGACUUGUUAUUGGUUUUUUGGCAGAUGUCAGAUUUUUGUUUUCUUUCUUUCAGCCGGAAUUCUAAGCAACAACUUGGGGCCAGGGGGGACUAAAGUAGUUGCUGCCUCCCUCACCCACCCCACUCCCUGCCCUUGCCCUUGACUUCUCUCACCUCUUCCAAAUUAAAUGGACUCCAGUUGAAAAUGCCAAAUUGUCGUAGUGACACCAGUGGUCGUCCGCUCCUGUGCACUCUCCUCCAAGAGCUCACCUCCGCUAGCGCGCUGUCAGCGGUCUGUGGACAAGGAAGGAUAGUGGCAGAUGCAGCCGGUGAUGGCGAGGCCCAGGAGGGUUUUCCUCUCCCAUACAAUAUUUAUGCCUUCUCAUUCAGGACUGUAAGAUGAUCACGCAGGGCAUCAUGUCACCAUGUCAAGUCCAGAGGGGAGGUAUUAAGACUAGAUAUAAUAUUAUACCAUUUCCUCUAGGAGUGUAUAAAUGAACAGGCUUCUAAAAGAUUGAGACACUGGCUGGUUUUUUGUUUUUUUUUUUUUUUAAGAUGACUGUCUUAAAGCAUUCUUGACAGCAAAACUUGUGCUCCAUAAAAGAAGCCUUUUGUCUAGGAGGCAGGUCGGGUGCCGGAAUGCUAGCACAGAGCAAGUGUGAAAACAGAAGACUACAUUGGGUGGCGGUUUUGUAUGUGUGAGUGCCUCUAAUUUUUUUGGUGACUGGGCAGUGCACACCAGAUUUUUUUUUUCCUUUGAAUACAGAUCACCAUGGUGCUACAACUUUUUUUUUUUAAGAAACUGAAAGAGGCAUUUUUACGAAUAAAGUGACCUUCCCCGAGGCUGACAAGCCAGGGUUGAUGAGUGUAUAGGGAAUAGCUUUGGAUACUCCUCUGGGGGACAGUGUGUACCAAGGAAAGGGUGUCAGUGGUCAGAGGAGAUGUAAUUUGGCUUUGCUGGAGUGCCAGUGUGCUGUGGCCUUUCCCCGACUCCCACCCUAGUACCCACACUUUGUUCCACACUCCACGACUACGGGGGCGCAGACACAAACCCCUGUCCCCAGGAGAGUCAGUACUACUUGGGAGGGCUAAAGGGAAAUUUGGAAUAAAAGUUCCAGAGUUUGGAAAGAAAAAAUUCAAGAGUUGAUUUUAUAUUCUUUCCCUUUCUGACACAGCCUGGAGCAUAGGGGGAACAUGUGUUUAUCUGUGGGAGAUAAACAAGAUGGAGUCCCAAAGACUUUAACAAAAUAUUUUUUUAAAAAUCCACUAGAAUAGAAAAUACAUUAUUUAGAUAUACUUUAUGCUGAGAGUGAGUAUAUAUGCUUGUCCUAUUUAAACCUGUGGGAAAAAGUGGUAUCCCUUGAUACAUUUAGAAAUAUGGGGGGCUAUCUUGUUUCAUUGUGGGGGUGGGGCAAGAGGAGAGUAAAUCAGCAUGGCCAACAGGGAUGUUUCCAGUUGAUUACCAGGAGAUGCAAGCCUUGGGGGUUUCUACUGGUGAGGCUGUCACAAACUCUGAACUCCAAAGCCUAGACAGGGAAAAGUGUCAGACCAAUGGAAAAGAAAUCAAGCCUUCUUGGCUAUUGCAGAACACAUCAAUAGAAACCAUGCCUUUCAAAACAAAACAAAAAAUAAAUGCAAUGAUUGUGUAAGAUGUGAAAAAUUGGAAGCAUUCCAGCACAAUAUGGGUUUUUUAAUAUACUGGUUUUUUUUAUUUUUUAAUGUACAUGUUUAAAAAGAGGGGUCAUAUUAUGGACAGACUUCGUGAAUGAGAAUUUGCUAAGAAUUGUAAGUAGUUCUGAAUUAGAGAAACAUGUGAAUGAAAGGCAGCUGUAAAGGCACUGCACCCUGGAGAGUUGUACACAUGCUGAAAUGUAAUCUGGGCUUACCUGAUCCGUUUGGAGCAGAUGUUAAUGCUGGGUCUGUUGUGAGUGGGGUUGCCAGGCUCGCAGAUAUAAUCAGUCCUCUUCCCCCAGACAUCAGGAACUUCUCUGGAGUGGCAGAGUCUUAUCACAGAAGGCAGCCACCAUUUCACUGAAACAAACGUUCACAGCAUUGGAUUAUGUUUUGCAUUAACUAUUUAUAUACUCAGAACUCUCAGUAUAUCCAGUAAUACUUCUUUUUCAUUAAUAGUUACAGGCUUGUUGGUCCAGUGGGAUUUGGGUAGGGGGAAAAAGAUACCUUCUAAAAUGGAUCAAUAGUCAGAACCAAAAUAAUAUUGCAUGUUCUAUAACCACAAGGAAAUCAAAUGAUCCUGUAAUGAUUCCAGUUAGUCAUAACUACAUUAGCAGUGCUAAUUUCAUUUUAGAAAUGGUGACUUCUGUGGUUUUCCUAGCAUUUGUCUCUAACAAAUGAUAAAAUAAUUACUCAUGGCCCUCUCUGCCAUUGUCUUUCAUUUUUCACAGUGAAAUUAGACCCCUUUACUUCACCAUUGUGCCACUACAAAUUAAAUGUUUAAAAAAAAAAAAAAAAAAGCAAGACUAUCCACACCAGUAGACAAUGUGCUUCUCUACCUAUAAGUGACGUAAUUGUAGGUAAUUCUUGCCAUGGAGUUUUCAAGAAGAUGAUUGGUAUCAGACAGUUUUCAUCUUGUCCAAAAAGUGCUGGUGGCCUUUUGUGAUGGUGUUACAACCCUCAGGGGGCCUAGGAGGAUGUCGAUGCAACUUUGUAGCAGCUUUUAAUUUCAAAAACAAUUCAAAAGUCUGAAGGGCAGCCUUCACUGCCUCUCAGCCCCAGUUAGUCAAACCCCAGCGACUUUUGCCCCUGGUUGCCAAGGGCUUUGCAACAGUGAAGCAGGGAAAUAAGGAUCUGUCUGUUUAGUGGAUACCGUGUAUCCUUUAAUAGACCAGGUAACAGUUCGUGUUAGUUUAGACUAUUGUUUUGUACUGUACUUUCUUGGGUGGCAGAGGAAAGAAAAGUAAAACGUUAAAAAAAAAAACUGCGUUCUUUACAUUCUGUAUUAUUAGCAACCUCUGUUGUAUAUAGUGUUUGAUAAUAAAGUAUUAAUUUGAUUCUUAUGUCUUUUGUAAGUGAGAACAAUAGUCUUUCAGGAUACAAAACAUGCAUUGAGGCUUUGAAACAUCCAAUGUAUACGUGGCUAAAGAGAGUCACAAAUGGCCAAGACACUGCUCCAUACAGGACUCACCUGUGGUCAUCACCCUCCCAAUCUUAAGACUCCACCAGCUUGGGACCUGGAACAACAUGACAUUUUUGAUCAAUAUUUUGUCCUCAGUGUUUUCAAGGUCUGAUGUUGGAGCCCUGUGGUGUUUUUCCCCCCAGCAUGUUGGUUUGAAAAGGUUUAGGGAAUUUAGUAAUGGUUCUGUACUUUGGUUUGGUUUUCUGUUUGUGGUGGUUUGCAUAGACUGUUUUCAUUUUUUCCCAGGAAGUCUUGUCAGUAUCACAUGCAGCCCAAGCAUGCGAAAGGGUGCAAACCAGCUCAUUUAGGAAGGUUAAAUGGGGGUUCUUUUCUCUCUGUGUCAUUGCGAAAGGAAGAGUCACACAGUACCUGUGGACUUUCAGGGACUUUGCUUUUCUCUGGCACCUUACCAAUGGCAGCAGCCAUUUUUAUUAGUUUCCCCAAAAUUUAAAACAAAAACAAAAGUUGAAACUUUUUCCCUCCAUCUUUGCUCUCAGAGCUGUGAUCACUAGUUUUUCUUUUGGAAACCACCUCCACCAACACCCCCGUUUGCCUACACCCCCCUUUUAUUUCUUAUGUGUUUUUUUUUUCUCUCUCGCCUUCCUCCCAUGUUUUGUUUCCCCUCAGAACCGUGAAUGGGCAGGUCUGUCUCUGGUUUGGCAUCACUGAGUUUUUCCCAUGCAUUUGCCCCAGAGCUGCUCGGAUGUGAGACAAAUCUCCCUACAAUGGGCUUGCUCCCAUUGUCUGUACAGUUUAAUAGAUGCUGGCAUGUUGGAGGUUACCCAUGAGUCAAAAUCCGCUUUCCAUGCUUACUCUUGACACCCCAUUGAAGCCACUCAUUGUGUGUGCGUCUGGGUGUGAAGUCCAGCUCCGUGUGGUCCUGUGCUUGUACUGCCCGCUUUGCAGUUCCUUUGCACUUACUCAUCGAGUGCUGUUUUGAAAUGCUGACAUUAUAUAAACGUAAAAGAAAAUGUAAAAAAAAAAAAAAAAAGCAAAACACACACAAACAAACCCAUACAAUCUGUAUUUGUAUAUACACGUGUCCGUACAAG